AUGUCACGACGAUAUAAUUACACUAUCAAAGCUUUGGAAGAACGACAAUUUAUUCAGCGUAAUUUCGUAACACUUCCUGAAAAAGCAUUCAAAUAUAGCAAUCGUGCAGUUAGCUUAAAUGAGCGGUUUUCAAUCAUCGAAAGAGGAUAUAUACUUGUGCCAGACUUGAAAGAUACAAAACAAGAUUUCCAAAAGAAUGUACGUUUGAUACCUCGUGUGCCAACAACCUGGAGUGAACAGAAGCAACAGAAAACCUCAAGCGCUGCAAUAAAAACAAAGACAAAGAAGUGAACAAUUCCUUAUUUCAGUACUACUUUCAUGUAAAUACUAGUUUUACUGAUUUUGUGUUUCCGUCAACGUGGUUUUUCCAGUUUGAAUAUUUUGUUGACAAUAUGUUUGUUACCACUGGUUGUAUUGAUUGCCUGUUUUCGUCAAAGUGAUCCUUUCAGUUUGAACAUUUUGUUAGUAACAUGUCUGCCAUCAUUUUGAACUUUUAUUAUUCGCGAGUAUGAAGAUAAAAAUAACAUCGAUAUGAAGAUAAAAAUAACAUCGAACAACAAAGUACCAUCACAAGUAAUACAUAGAAAGACGUAAAAACGUUGGAAUCAAAGACUUGAAUGGGACUGUCGAGAUCAAGCUGCAAUUUUUUUUUUUGACAUGACAAGCAUUAAUUU